AUGGCGCCCAAGGCGGUCAAGGUUCUACUAGAUGCAGAGGUCGAGGCCUUUCUCGUCGAGGUCUUUGGCGCAGAGUACGUGACGGCCCUACUCGCCAUCGCCUCGAGCCCACCCUCGCACACCACCGUCCGCGUCAACACCUCUGUGUGCUCGGUGCCCGAUGCCCAGGCUCUCCUCGAGGCCGCCGUUGGCGAGCACGGCUUUGAUGUUGCCGUUCAUUCAGCUAUCCCGGAUGUGCUAGUCGUCCGCGACGCUGCGGCGGAGAAGAUCAUCCCGGCGCCCGAGUUUGGCCCGGUCGUCGUCGACCGCCGCUGCGGCGAGUCGGUCCUCCGCGGCGGCCAUGUGUACAUCCCGGGCGUCCUCCGUGCCGCAAAGUGGAAGAAGGCUGGCGAUCCGGUCUCUGUCUUUGCCGAGCUGCCCAACAGUGACGGUCCGGGCCGCAUCGAAGUCUUCAUCGGCAACGGCACCAUUGUCCUCGACUGGGAUGCUCUGAUGGAGGCCAAGGACGCCCGGACAGGCGGCCUUGCCGUCACUAUGGACGCUGUUGUCGGCCCGCGUGCCCCCUCACUGCAUGGCCUACUUUCGCGCGAGCUCUUUGCCCAGAACCUGCCGUCGACCGUCGUCGCCCACGCCGCGCUGAGCGGCGUCGCCCUCGACGAUCGCACUGCCGCGCCGCUGCGCGUCCUCGACAUGUGCGCUGCUCCCGGUGGCAAGACCAGCCACAUUGCUCAGAUCCUAGCCUCUUCGCCACGCGGCGGCCACGUAUGGGCCUGCGAACGCGCGGGCCGCCGCGUCGACAGGCUCCGCGAAACCAUUGCCCGCCUCGACCUCGAUGCUGUCUGCACGGUCAUCAAGUGCGACUCGGCCAAGCUUCUCAAGCCCCGCACCGGCUCCAGCGCUCAGCCCGACCUUGCUCUUGCCUCUUUCGACGUCGUUCUCCUCGAUCCGCAGUGCUCGGGCCUCGGCCUCCGCCCCCGCUUCAACGAAACCCGCAUCAACCGCGCGGAGCUCUCCAACAUGGCCGACUACCAGGCCAAGCUUGCGUCCGUUGCCGCAGGCAUGGUGGCUCCUGGCGGCGUCAUUGUCUAUUCGACCUGCACCAUCGAUCCACUCGAGAACGAGGGCGUCAUCGCCGGCCUUCUUAGCGACUCGCCGCACCUCUCCCUCGUCCCACUCCCGCCGCACCUCUGCAUCGCCCGGGAAGGCCUCUCGGGCCAGGGCCUCGCCGAUCCGCUGGCUGCCCUUGUUCAGCGCUUCGAUCCUGUCGCCCACGACUCGCCAGCCUUUUUCGUCGCCAAGCUCACAGCCGCCACUACCUCCGCCGCCGCCAAGGCCUAG